AUGCGUGUCUUCAUAGUCCUCACUUCCUUGAGCCAUCUGGUUACGGCUCUUACAAUUCCUGCGCAACCGAAGAAGAGGGCUCUCACAUCUGGAGUCACAAUCUACAGUUGCACCACGCCGGACACAGUUGCGCUCACGUUCGAUGACGGACCCUUCGUUUAUACCGAGUCUGUACUUGAUCAGCUUGCAUCAGCUGGGUUCCAGGCCACAUUCUUCCUCAAUGGGUACAACCUGGGGAAUAUUGAGGACUACCAAUCCACUGUUGAAAGGAUGAUCAAUGAAGGACAUCAAGUUGCAUCUCACACAUACGGCCAUCCUGAUCUUGCUACCCUGGCUGACUUCGACGUUGAACAGCAAAUGGCACUGCUGAGCAACCAAUUCAUUCACAUGAUAGGUAAGGACCCCGUCUACAUGCGUCCUCCAUACUUUAGCUUCAGCGACCGAACUCUUGAAGUACUCGGUCAGCUGGGGUAUAAAGUCAUUAUUGCUGAUAUCGACACCAACGAUUGGAAGUAUUCUUCCUUCGGUGGUGCCGAACCCUCGGUAGAUUCGUACAACUACGGGCUGAGCCAUGGAGGCUCCAUCGUUCUCAUGCACGAUGUCCAUCAGAACACGGUCGAGAAUAUUCUUCCCCGUAUUAUCCAGGCCACGCAAAAAAGUGGAAAGAGAGCGGUUACGGUUGGAGAGUGUCUUGGAGAUCCCGAGACAAACUGGUAUCGAGGUUCGGGAGGAUCUGAAGGGUCUCAAACAACAACAACACCAGAGUGGAAUAGCACAGGCAGCCACAACAUUCCUGUGGUUGUCCACACACCCGCACCUGAGAGACUGGCGCUGAUUCAUUGA